AUGACGGCCGCCACCCUGUUGGUCACCUUCAUGCCGCUAUAUUAUCAUAAAGUACUGCAUUUUGAUGUCUUUACCACCGGGAUCCUAUCAACAUUUACUACAUUGUUACACGUACCGAUCAAGUCAAUUUCCGGUUCUUUUUGCGAUAGUCUUAGUUGGAUACCUCUGCAUGUAAAAGUUCAGGCUUGCAACUUUAUCGCCGUUGGAUUCGCUGGAAUUUGCUGUCUAAUGAUUGGAAUUGUUAAGGCUACUGGUGACGGAUAUUUUGGUGUGACCCUCUUUGGCGUGGUCUACUGCACCAUUGCAGUGAAUUCCGGACAUUCUAAGACUGGGAAAAUGGCGUCGAGACAAUACGCUCAUUUCGUUUCCUCUACGAUCCACGAUAUAAAAUGCGCAGCGUUAGUAGCAGCGCCGGCAAGCUGGGCUAUGUUUGUCCAAGAUGAGCCUGAUGCCGCCGAAUGGUCUUACGUCUUCUAUCUCAAUGGAGCUAUGCUAACCGCGAUUUCGGUUUUGCAGAAGUACAAGAAAGGC